CAUGUCGCGUUUUAGUAGCGCUCUUCAACUUACGGAUUUGGAUGAUUUCAUAACUCCUUCCCAGGAAUGCAUCAAGCCCGUGAAAAUCGAAACGAACAAGAGCAAAACGGGAGCAAAGAUAACGAUACAGGAUGAUGGUUCAUAUGUGCAGGAAUCUUCGAGUGGCAUACAAAAGCUCGAAAAAGUAGAAAUAACACUGGCCGAUUGUUUGGCCUGCUCCGGAUGCAUCACGUCAGCGGAAGGCGUUUUGAUUUCGCAACAAAGCCAAGAGGAGCUGCUGCGUGUCAUGAACGCGAACAACAUGGCAAAGCUGAACAAUCAGCGAGAUGAGAUCAAAUUCGUCGUGUUCACCGUUUCGCAACAGCCUAUCCUAUCGCUGGCACGGAAAUAUAAUCUUCCACCGGAAGACACGUUCGAGCAUAUCGCGGGUUAUUUUAAGAAGCUGGGUGCAGAUAUGGUGAUCGAUACGAAAAUAGCAGACGAUUUGGCAUUGAUUGAAUGCCGCAACGAGUUUAUCGAAAGGUACAACACGAAUCGCAAAACACUCCCGAUGCUUGCUUCAUCCUGCCCGGGAUGGGUUUGCUAUGCAGAGAAAACGCAUGGGAGCUUUAUUCUGCCUUACAUCGCGACCACCCGAUCGCCGCAGCAGAUAAUGGGCGUUUUGAUAAAGAAAUAUUUGGCCCAGUUGAUGCAAACCACUAGCGACCGAAUCUAUCACGUUACUGUAAUGCCAUGCUACGAUAAAAAGCUGGAAGCAUCGCGCGAAGACUUCUUCAGUGAGGUGGAGAACAGCCGCGAUGUGGAUUGUGUCAUUACUUCUAUUGAAAUCGAACAAAUGCUAAACAGUCUCGGGUUGCAAACACUUCAACUGGUAGAAAAAACUCCCAUUGAUUGGCCGUGGCCUACCGCAAGACCUCCAGUAUUCGUUUGCGGUCACGAAACGUCCGGAUCGGGUGGAUAUAGUGAAUACAUUUUUAAGUACGCAGCACGAAAACUGUUCAACAUCCAGCUGGAUACGGUCACAUUUAAACCGCUCCGAAACAAUGACAUGCGGGAAGCGGUGCUGGAGCAAAAUGGACAGGUGCUGUUGCGCUUUGCGAUCGCGAACGGUUUUCGUAACAUUCAAAACAUGGUACAGAAGUUGAAGAGAGGCAAAAGUACGUACGAUUAUGUUGAAAUAAUGGCAUGCCCUUCCGGGUGUCUGAACGGUGGAGCUCAAAUACGUCCGGAGGAGGGUAAAAAUGCUCGUGAGCUGACGGCCGAAUUGGAGCACAUGUACCGUUCCUUGCCACAGUCCAAUCCCGAGAACGAAAGCGUUCAAACGCUGUACAAUACGUUCUUCGAUAGCGAUGGAGAUUUGAACAAACGGCAAAGUUUGCUGCACACCAGCUAUCAUCAGAUCGAAAAAAUUAACUCAGCUCUUAACAUAAAAUGGUAAA